AUGUAUAGACGUCUCGUACUUGGAGCAUUUAUGAAAUAUGUGAGUCGCAGGCUUAAUUAUUGUCCGUGUCCGCCCAAUUCAAAUUUGAGAAACACCGUUGCGUUUCGUACUCAAAUUCAAACCCGGCGAUCCGACCCUUUGCUUUAUCGAUCAGCAGAUUCGUGCUUGAAAGUUCUUCGCUUUCGGAAUAUGGAGGCGCUUUACUCGAAGCUCUACAACAAAUACACCAAGCUCAAGAAGGAAAAAGAAUCCAAGUUGGAGCAGCUGAAUCGAGACCAAGAAGUGAAAUUUGUGAACUAUGCAGCUGCUGCAGAUGAAAUGAUACUAUACUUGAAAAGUGAGAAUGACAGGCUACGUGGUCAAGUUGAUGAGUUAAAAAGUGAACUGGCUUUUAUCAGAUCUUCCAAGGACGAACAAGAAGUUCAGCACCAAAAGCUUUUGAUGGAAGAAAACCAAAAGAAUAAGGAACUCUCAGAAGAAAUUGUGAAGCUAAAAAAGUUGGAACAAGAAGGUACCUGCCAUUCUAGACAAGAGAAAUUCGAAAGUAGACAGUCAAAUACGCAUACCAGUUCUCCAGAUGAAGGAGUAGGAUCUGGUCUCUCUGCCAUGAAAUCAAAGAAACGUAAAUCAUUACCUGCUAUAGAAGGUACAGCUGUGCCACAUAUUGACAUGGAACAUGAUAAUGCAGCAGAUAAAUGUUCUGACAGGAAUGAAGUUGGCGGUGCUCUCAAUAUUCAGCAGCCUGCAUGCUGUCAAAGAAAGGCUGAUACUUCAGAAACUGUGAACUGCAUGUUUCAAGUUCUCAUUGAGUUCGUAGUUGGCAUGAAAUUGUCCUUUGUAACUCAAAAAGAUGAACUAUGUAUAUCAGCACUUCAUCAAUCAAGUGGUUAUUCUUUCAGACUGACAUGGACAAACAAUUCAUGUGGAGAAGGUGAAUUAGUGUACCAUUUGUCGUCCCUGGGCACAUUUGAGAGAGUUGCCCCGGAGUGGAUGAGGGAGACUAUGAUGUUCAGCACAAGCAUGUGCCCUGUUUUUUUCGAGAGGAAAACUCCAAUGUCUCCGCAAAAGUGGGAGCUCUGGUUUUCAAAUGAAGAUAUCCAGAUUGACAUUCUAUCUCGAUUAUCUGCCAUGAUACUGAACCGAAUGAAAUGUGUUUCCAAGGAAUGGAAAUAUCUCAUCUCGGAUCGUUCUUUCAUCCGCUUUCAGGUUAAAAAUACAGAAACAGUAAAGGGGUUCUUCUUCCAGGAGAGCCAAUGGAGCGAUAAUAAUAUUGGAUUUAUCAACUACAUUCCAGUGGAAGGAGAAGGUGAAAAGGUAUGGCGGACAGUUUUGAACUUUCUUCCUGAAAAGGUGGUCAUUCUCUCUUCAAUCAACGGCCUCUUGUGUUGUCGUAGUUGUUUCUCUUCUUUAGACCCAAGGAUAUAUGUAUGCAACCCAUUGAACAAGCAAUGGAUAACUCUGCAGUGGCCUCAUCUUUUUAAAAGCAGCAGUAGCCUAGCCUUGGCUUUUGAUCCUCUCCAGAAUCCAAUUGAUGCUUCCACAGAUUUCAAAUUGGUCUUGGUUAGUGAUACUAUGACCAGUGGAGGGGAUUACCAUCUCUCAUUUGAUAUAUAUUCUACAGAAACUGGGAAAUGGAGAAGAUCAAAUGAGUUUUGUCAAUGCAAACAUAAACUAACAAAAAAUAAAGGCAUUUUUGUUGAGGGAAGAUUGUAUUGGCUUACUGAUGGUUACCAGAUUCUCAUGUUCCAUCCCCAAGUCGAGCUCUCUUGGUUAAUUAUGGCACCGCUACCUGCCACGUACUUUAGAAAUAUUCCCGAAAUGUGUAUAGGGGAAUCCGAAGGCAGGCUGUGCUACGUGAUAAUCUCCGAGGACGGACUUCAGUUGUGGGUUCUCGAGGAUUACUUUGCGUCCCAGUGGGCAUUAAAUACUUGUAUAACUCUGAAAGAAUUAGAGAAAGAAAAUUCAAGUGUUCUAUCCAAUAUGUCCAAGAAAAUGGCAAGUUCGAUAAAUAGAGGCACGCUUCCUCGUUGGAUAGAUCCAUUGGCUUUUAAAGAUGGGAUGCUGUUUGUGAGGGUAGCCACAAGUAUAUAUUUGUUUCAGUUUGAGACCAAGAAGAUGAAAAAGCUAACCGAGAUUUCCAUGUUGGGCCUAAAUCCUAUGGAUUCUCCCACUGUGAUUCCAUACACCAUGAGCUUGGUUCCGCUUGGCUAA